UCGAUGGCUGAAAUUGGCAAGUCUCGACUUCCUCCACUCCUUCCUUCCCUCUCUCCCUCUUCCUCUCCCUCCCUCUCCCUCUCUCUCCCUUUCCCUCUGUUGACCAUUCCCAACAACAACCAAGACAUUCUUACUCUAUUCUUUUGCCGUCAUGCCUCUGUUCGGAAACAAACGAAAGAAAGAAUCGAGUACCGAUAACAAGAUCACCAGCAACAACAACAACCAACAACAACAACAACAACAGCAGCAGCAGCAGCAGCAACAGCAACAGCAGCAACAACAAGCAACCGAACUGCACCAACCCUCAUCCUCAAUCGACUCACUCCAACCCAGAAUAAACCAACAACAUCCUUACAACACCAAUAAUCCUAAUCCUACCAACUAUCAACAAAACCCAACUCAAAACAACCCCAAUCAUCAUCCUAACAACUUCAACCAUCAUCCAUCACUCUCACCCGCCUCAUCUCUCCAUCAGCAACCCAACCCAUCAAAACCAACUCAACCACCACCAUCUCACCCGCCACCACCACCAUCACAACAUAACACCUCUUCUUCAACCGUCAUCUAUCCCUGGUCCCAUCGUCGACUAGGGCUCCUACCACCCGCCCCAUUCCCCGGUGAUCCCCUGCCACCCGAUCUCAACGAGUCCUCAGCACUCAGGCCAUCACCUCCCCCCUUCCCUCGAUAUGGCCACUCGAUCAACCCCAUGGGCACCCCAACCGGAUCCGGUGACAUCUACAUCUUCGCCGGUCUCGUCAAGGAUCAAGUCAAGAAUGACCUCUACGUCCUCAACGUUGCCCCGAUCAACCCAUCCAACCCACCCAACUACCAUCUCCAUAAUCAGAUCCUGACCGUAGGAUUGGUUGAAACUAGGGGCGAAGUACCACUGCCCAGGGUUGGCCAUGCCUCAGUCGGCGUCGGUAACGUGCUGAUCGUCUGGGGUGGUGAUACGAAAACGAGGGAUGACGAAAAACAGGACGAUGGUCUCUAUCUACUCAACCUGUCCACUAGAGAAUGGACUCGAGUCAAGGUCUCUGGCCCUUGUCCUGAAGGUCGUUACGGUCAUUCGGCUGCCAUCCUCGGCAGCAAAUUUUACAUCUUUGGUGGCCAAACCGAUAAUGGUCGAUUUAUGAACGAUCUAUGGAGCUUUGACCUCCACAAACUUAAAUCAGGUGCUCCAAGAUGGCAUCUAACCGAAUUCUCCACAACAACACCAAUUCCAUCCGAACGGACUGGCCAUACCGUCGUCACUUUUAAAGAUUCGAUCUAUGUCUUUGGUGGCACGGAUGGUCAAUAUCAUUAUAAUGAUACCUGGAAGCUUGACGUCAGUACCGGCACGUGGAAGGAACUCGAUUGUAUCGGUUAUAUCCCUCUUCCUCGCGAAGGACAUGCAGCCACCUUGGUAGAUGAUGUGAUGUAUGUCUUAGGCGGCAGAGGUGUUGAUGGCAAAGACUUGGAUGAUCUAGCCGCCUUCAAAAUCUCCAAUCAAAGGUGGUACAUGUUUCAAAACAUGGGACCCGCGCCCGCUGGUCGAUCAGGACAUUCUAUGGCAUCGUGGCAGGGAAAGGUCUACGUGCUCGGUGGUGAAUCCUACACCUCUGCCAAACCAGACGACCCUUCGAUCGUUCACGUACUCGAUACUGCCAAGAUCAAGUAUCCACUCGAUCCCACAUCAGUCACUCGCCAACAGGCCGCCCUCUCAACGAGUCACAAAUCCUCCGAUGCGAGUCUCAACGAUCCCAGUAUCCAUUCAAACAACUCCAUGGGUAAUCGACCACCUGUGAGCAGCAAUCUUGCAACCACCGAAUCCGACCAAGGCACGGAUCGAGGCCCCAGGCGUGCCACCACCGGUUCUGCCUCUUCCACCAUGUCUCGCCCGCGUCGCCCAGACGAUCCUCCAGCCGCGGGACCCGGCUCGAAUGCCAGUAAUCGUCGGACGAUCAGUGCGGCAACCUCGCGAACCAUGUCUCCCCAAGGGAUGCCUGCUUCACAAACGACGUCACCCCAUGGCCAAGUAUCAGCCACCAACAAUGAAUCCAUUCCCCGCCAGUCCAUCUCUCCGAGCUCCCAACCUGCCCCAAGCCGAGGAUUGGAUAACGCGCCCGUCAAUAAUAACCCCAAAACCACGCGGACCCCCCAAUCAAACACUGUUGGUACCUCGCGGCAAACCAGUUCCCCAGUACCUCGGCGGGUAUCCGCUGAGAUCACUCGCAUGCUCAACUUUAAUUCUUCAUCUCCCACUUCUAAGCUUGCCCAACAAAUCCCAUCCAAUACCCAGCGGCCAAAGCCUAGCCAUCAGCAGUCUGGCUCUUCCUCGUCUUUCUCUUCGCUCGCCGAUCCAUCUUCACUCCUGAGCAAACAAAACGGCUGGAUGAAAGCCGCUCUGGCCAUGGCCGUCCAACAAGGCUUCAUGCUCCCUCCAUCUGACGAACACCCCCUACUCACAGACGAGCGGUCUUGGUUGAUGAACUUUCAGGAGCAAGAAUCUGGUCAGAAUCAUGCGAUCAAUAAGGAUAAGGGGAUGCAAAGAUUAAUCGAAGCGCUCGUUCAACUAAAACGCGAAUUGAAUAAAGCAAAGAGUCAAAUGGCUGAACAGGCCAAACAUCUAGACAAUCGACUUACUGAGACAAGUAAGACAAAGACAGCAGCCUUGCAAGAGGCAUCUUUCUAUCGAGUCAAAUUAGCUGCCUAUGAAGCUUCGUCUGUCUCUGAGAUUAACAAACUCGAGAGACAGCGUAUCAAUGACUUGGAGCACAAGCUUUCGGAAUUAGUUGUAUCAAAGUCGGCCUCUGAACGUCAAGUGGCCCAAUUGACAAGCGAAUUGGAGCAGGAACGGAUCCUUCGAGAGGUCUCGCAAGAAAAUUCUAAUAAGAGUCACGAUCGCUCCGAGCAACUUCAAGCGCUACAUUCACAGCUGGUGAUUGAUUACGAGGAGCUUUUAAAUAAAACCCGAGGGAUGGAUGUCACUUCGACGGACUCGGCCCAACAGUACCAAUCUUUACAGACUUCUCAUCGCGCCAUCCUUGCUGAGUUGGAAAACUCGAAACAAAAACUAGAGAGUACUCAAUUGGUCAACGAAAAGUAUCUUGUCACCCUCCAACAUCUCCAAAAAUCUAUGGACGCCAGCCGUUCUAAGGUAGAUGAGGUCCAACACUCUUGGGAACAGGCCAAGUCGGACUUGGAAGCCCAGAAAACGCUUGCUCAAGAUCUCAGUCGAGAGUUAGAUUCGAAACUUCUAGAGCUCGAUCACUCGAGGGCUAAGAUUGAGGAGAUGGAACAAGCUCUAAGGACCGUCCAGGACGAGAACGCGGCCUUGAAAACUCUCAAUGAGGAUGGGAUCAGUCAGCUGAUCAAUGCCACACGAUCAAUUCCAAAUGACCUGGCCUCUAGUACCAAAUCAUUCAAUGACGAUUCGGUCAAGAUGCGCAGUCUCAGUAAUGAUGUUCAGAUGACCAGUCAACAAGAUGAACUCGCGUCGAACCAGGACUUAUCACGCAAAAAACUGGAGACCACAGUCUUGGAACUCAACGAGAUUCGCUCACGAAACAUGUCACUCGAGAUGGAUCUGAUGAGCUCGAAAUCAGAAAUUUCUGCGUUACGUAGGAAGAUGAUUAAUCUGAUGAGCGAUUCAAACAAGAUCAGGUCUCAGAUCUCUUCGCAGGACCAUGAACUGAAAGAAAAGAAUCGAAUGAUCGAGGCAGCUGAGGUUAGGACAUCGUUACUCAAGAAUCUGAUGUCCGAGAAUGGGGCGAUCGGAGGAACGACGGAAGACGAGCACGGAUGUAGAUCGUUUGAUUCGAAUGUGCCAGGUACAUUUGGAGCAGGAGGAAUGUUAUCGGCGAGUCUGGGAAGUGGUUCACUCCCUGUGGAUGGCGAACGACUGGCGAAGCGGGUCCAUGAGCUGGAAGUGCAACUGGAAGAGCGAUCGCGGGCGCAUCGGGGCCUGGAGCACCAGUACGAGGAAACUCAGAAGGAGAUGGAGAUCGCUGAGAGUCGGUACCGCGAGGCGCACCGGAAGCACGAGGCGGCGGCGGAUGAGAUAGCGUCCUUGGUAGAGGAGGUGCAGCGGCUGCGGUCGGGCGGGGCUUCGUCGGUGUCCCCGGCCUCGGUGGAGGGCAAUGGGAAGGUGGAAGAGGAGCUGCAGUCGUUACAAGAGAAGCAUCGGACGCUCGAACAGACCCACGUCAAGGCGGUGCAGUACGUGAAGGGGACUGAGAAAAUGCUUCGGCGGAUGAAGGACGAGUUGGUGAAGUACAAGGAACGGACGGCGACGCUGGAGGCCGAGCUCUCUACCCUUAAACGCACCGAACUCGCUCCACAUUCCUCGACCGCCGAAGGGAGCGAGAUGCGAGAAGAGAUGAAAGGGCAACUCCAAGAACUGACCGCGCAACUCUCCUCGCUCCGAGAGAGCUCCCGCUCUUCUCACAUCGAGAACGAAGAACUCCAGCGUCGGAUGCUGGCCAUUCGGCAAGAGUAUGAACGUGAUAUGCACACCCAUGCCGAGCUCAAUCAGGCCCAGAUCGAGAAACUCCAGGCCGAUCUCGAGGAACUUCAUCAUCUCAAUCAAACCCUCAAGGCGGAUUAUAAUAAACUCUCGGCUGAGAACAAUCGACUCAAUGAGCUCAUCAAAGCCUCUAAAAACUCGAUCAAUAGGGUCAUUGCUUCCGAUGGCUCCAAUAAUAAACAUCACCAUUCUCAUUCUUCUAAUGACUCUCACGAUGAUCUUUCAACUCUUAAUUCUUCUCAGAAUCAAACGCAGAUUAGAGAAAUCGGAUGGCUUAAAAAAGAAAACUUGGAGUUGCAAACUCGGUGUCAAGAUGCUGAAGCUAAGAUUUCGUUGUUGUUGGAUCACAUGGAUAAUCGAUCAGACGGGAACAGACGGUCGACAGGAGUAGAAUCGAUCCAAUCGGAUUACAGCAGCUUUGGAACCGAGAUCCUGGGGGCGCUAGCCAGCCAACAGACCGGCCCGCUCCAGAUGAACCAAGCCAACAACCAUCCUACUGGCCCAUUGCUCCACCCGCAUCCGUCCCAGAAACCGUUGCUUCCUCGUACCCCCUCGAAUACUAAUCUUACGACGACGACUGCUAUCACUAAUAUGAGAAAUAUUGGGGGUAGUGGCGGAUCGGUCGGACACGGCUCCGAGAACGGCUCGUCACCCGCUACUCCUACUCCCAUCUCUGCUCCCCAUAUCCCUUCGUAAUCUUCCCCUUCCCUUUUUUUUGUCUCUCUCUUUGUUUUUUGAUGGAUCCGCCUCUGCUUUUUGGUGCCGUUUGGUUUGGUGGGCGGCUUUUUUUGGACUCGGACUCGGAUUCGGAUGUGGGAUCGCGGUUCGGUUUUUUUGGUUUCUGGUUUCUGGUCUCUCUCUUCCUCUCUCUUAUGUUUUGCCAAGUCUUUAAUCUUUGAUCUAUACACUCUGUGUUCUGUUUCCUUUCUCUCUGUUCUAUGUCUCUCUCUCUCUGUGUGUGUGUUAUGAUUCUCUUAUGAACUAUGGGUGUGAACCUUCAACCUCAACCUCCUCCACUUUUCCUUAAUAAUCUCUCUCUUCUCUUUGAUCUUUGUGAUCCUUUUUUUUUAUCAUACGACUUACGAUCCUUCCUUCCUGUUUUUUUUGUUGUUGAUGAUGAUGAUGAUAUUAUAAGGUGAUGAAACCGGUCCACUCCAGCCCAUGAAAAUUCUUUUGUUUGUGUUUUUUGGAUACAUACAUACAUAAAUCUUUAUCUUAUUUAUUGGUUUUAUCUCUCAUCUUCAUAUUUGUUUGGUUGGUUGGUUGUGUGUCUCGAAUUGAUUGUGAGUUUCUAACUCUGAAUACUAAAGAGAUAUGUAUGUGAUCAUGAUCAAGUUUGGUACAAUGAUUGAUGUGAUGGAUUGCUCAGGUUCUUGUACAUCCUCCCAUGCACACAUAUAUUUAUCACAAGUGAUCAAGAUUGGUAACUGAGACACACACUCUCCA